UAUUAUUCAUUUCAGUUUUUGAUUGGAUUGCACAAGAUGUUGACUCUCAAGCUAGUUUUAGUGGCGCUGCUGCUGCAGCUGCUGGCAGGAGCCACGUCAUCUCACGACAUGGUCCGGGUGCUGCAGGGCGAGGACGAUCUGUUCGAGGAUCUGAGACUCUAUGUGGCAGCUCUGGAGCGCAAGGCGCGGACGACUCGCCUAGUCUUAGAGGAUGCCCUGGCCAGGCUGGAGGCGUCGCAGAUUGAUCCCACGGCCUAUGUCGAGAGUCCGUUGGUCGCUUUUUCCAUGGUGCGACGCAUGCACAUGGAUGCGGGCAAGAUAUUGAACUACCUGAAGCAAGAUGCGGGCGCAGAUCUACAACAUAUUGCGGACUAUCGUCUGGACAUCAUCACUGAGGCAGAUCUGGCGAAGGCUACGCAGGGCUUGCUCCGCCAACAACAGCUCCAGGGCCUGAGUGAGCGCGAUGUGGCUCGGGGUCUACUAGGCCCGAAGCAAUACAACGCCAGCCUGAGCACGCCCGACUGUCUGACCCUGGCGCAACACCUGCUCAAGAAGGGGGAGGACGAGCAGGCCAAGAAUUGGUUAGAGCUGGCACUGGAGCUCUAUGAAAGGACGCCGGAGCGCGUCUAUGAGCUGCUGAAUAUCGAUAGUGAAACCAUAUUACGUGACAUUGUCGACAUUCAUGCUUCCAGGGAGAAUUGGCUGGGCGUUCGGGCUGUUCUUCUACAGAUGCUUGAGCUCGCUCAGGACAAGCAGCGCAUCUUGAACUUGCUGCACUCUGUGGACUUUCAUCUCACGAACUUUGAGAUCUGUCGGGGUCAGAGGCAGCUGCCCGUAAGCGACUCGCUGCGCUGUCGCUAUAGUGCAGAGGGCUCGCCCUUUCUCCGACUCGCUCCACUCAAGCUCGAGCAGCUGAGCAUCGAUCCAUAUGUGGCGCUCUGUCAUAAUGCCAUCCAUGACAAUGAGCUGGAGUACAUCAUCGAGCAGAGCAGACCCUAUCUGAAGCGUGCCCUUGUUGAUCAAGGCGUCGUGCAUGAGAAGCGGGUCACUAUGGAUGCGGCAUUCGACCUAAAUGCCUCCACCCACGGACGAACUCUGCGCCAGCGCCUGGAGGAUAUGUCCGGCUUCGAUCUAAGCAACAGCGGUCAGCUGGCAGUGCUCAACUAUGGCAUCGGAGGUCACUACUCCAUGCACUUUGAUUGCUGGUUUAGCAGUGACAGCGCAGCCUAUGAGGCUUACAUCAGGAGUAAUCGCAUUGCUACCAUUUUGCUGUACCUGAACGAAGUGCAGAUGGGCGGCAUUACAUCCUUUCCCGCUCUGGGUCUGGGCGUGCAGCCAAUCAAGGGCUCGGCCCUGAUCUGGCAUAAUAUGAACCAUGAGAUUGAGUGCGACUACCGAACCCUGCACGCCGCCUGUCCCACUCUGCUGGGCAAUCGCUGGGUGGCCACCCAGUGGGUCGACGUAGACGGUCAGUGGCGCAGAAAGCGCUGCACGCGCAGCUCCCCGAAUUAAAGAGGGAAGAACGCAUCUGGCUUAGUUUUGCGAUAAUUUAUUCAAUAAUUUUCCAUUAAUUACAUUUAUGCACUAUUUUAUAGUA